UCUCCUUCCUGCAGUGUUCUUUCUUCUCAGAUCAUCUCUCUCUCUCUCUCUCUGUGCAGAGACCUCGUUCUGGUUAUAUGAUUUGUAUCUGGGGUUUUUUUUUCUUCCGUUCUUCCAUCUCGGGUCUGCUAUCUCCAUCUUGGAUUUCCCCUCAACUGGGAAGGAACCCCUCCAAUCGUUCAGCUGUCGACUCAGACUGAGUCUCUAACCUGACCCAUCAUUGAAUUGACGGGAGCCAUGGAUUCAAUAAACACUUCCAAUCAGUCCAUCAGCGCUGAUGAGAUUGCUCUAUAUGACCGUCAGAUCAGACUCUGGGGAGUGAAGGCACAAGAAAAACUUCGCUCGGCAAACAUCCUACUCAUUACCGUCAAAGCGCUCGCAAAUGAGGUAGCCAAGAAUCUCGUGUUGGCAGGUAUCGGCUCUCUGACCAUUAUUGACCAUGAGCCUGUCACCGAGGAGGAUUUGGGCGCUCAAUUUUUCGUCUCGCAAGAGAACAUCGGCCAGAACCGAGCCCAAGCGGCAGGUCCCCAAAUACGCGCUAUGAACCCACGAGUGCGGCUACAUAUUGAUACAGACAACGUGCGCUCGAAACCACCUGAGUUCUUCGCCAAGUUCGACGUGACCAUCGCUACCGAGCUGGAUUUCACUCUCUACACGACGAUCAAUGCUGCGUGUCGCAUUGCUAAUCGUCGAUUCUAUGCCGCCGGUCUCCAUGGGUUCUACGGCUAUGUCUUUUCAGAUCUGAUAUCCCACGACUUUGUCAUCGAGCGGUCCAAGCCAAAUGUUGCUUCCCCGUACCAAGAAACCCCAACGCGGAGUAUCGUCCAGAUCACGACCAAGAAGGAGAACAAUAAGGUGAUCGAAAUGGUCACAAAACGGGAGGUCUACACACCCCUUCUGCUCGCCAACACGUCGCCUCUCCCCGAAGAUUUCACACGCCUGCCUCGCAAACGCCGCCAGGUUACACCCCUCCUCUCGUGUCUUCGUGGUCUGUGGGAAUUUGAGAAAAUCUCGGGUGGCCGCCUCCCUUCUGAAAGCAACGCACAGGACCGUGCCUCCUUCAUCGAGCUGGCCACUAACGCAUUGCAAGAGUUGAAGCUCGAUAUCAGCACUCUAACGUCCGAGGCGCUUCUAAAAUUCCUAGACAACCUGCGCUGCGAGUUGAGCCCUGUCGCCGCCUUUGUAGGCGGGAGUCUUGCCCAGGACGUGAUCAACGUUCUGAGUGCCAGAGAACAACCCCUCCAGAAUCUCCUGCUGUUCGACGGCGAGAAAUCCGUCGCGCCUAUCUAUCCGCUCCACCCCUUUUUCCCGCCGGAGGUGGGCAAUGUGCUUGCUGCGGUGGCGCCCGUGGCAAACCCGAUUCCUCUAGAGGAAUCGGCUGUGGUUAUUCUUUAACCAUUUUCCAGAAUGAUUUUGGAACAUCAAAAUUUUUCAUGACCCAUGUACGAUAGAUAUGAGAUAGGCAAUUACGAGAUACUCCAUGACCUACGUUCCAUACAAUAUAGAC